GCAGUGCGCAAAAGGCUACUUCGGUAAACACGUGGACCCCUCGAAAGUGUUGGCGCCCUCAGAUCAUGGGCUGGCUGCUAGCUCGCGAUGUGCUGUGGCUGCUGGCGUUCUGCGGCUUCGCUAUCAAUUAUUCUGUUCGAGUCAACCUCAACAUCGCCAUCGUGGCCAUGGUGAAGGGCAGCGCGCCGCUUGCGAGGGAGGCCGAGAACGUCGGAUACUGCACGCAGUCCGCAGCUAUAUUUCAAAAUACCUCCGACGUUAGCAUCACUAGCGAUCAAGGCAGCCUCUGGAACGUCGUCACUGGCGCAAACACUACCAGCUUCAACACGUCAUUGGAGAUUGGCAGUACCAACCAGCAGGCACACCUGGACCCCGAUUCAACUUACGCGCUGUUGGAGGAUGGCCUCUUUGACUGGGAUGAAAAGCAGCAGGGUCUGGUGUUGGGCUCCUUCUUCUGGCUGCACUGGUCCACACAGAUCCCUGGCGGUAUAUUGGCGCGGCGUUUCAGCCCGAAGCUGGUGUUCGGUGUGAGUAACCUGGCAGCUUGCCUGCUCGCCGUUCUCAUCCCGGUGGCUGCCAGCGUCGACUAUCGAGCCCUCAUCGCAGUCAGGGUCUUUCAGGGCAUCGUUGCGGGUAUGGCGUGGCCGGCGAUGCACUGCCUGAUAGCGCGGUGGGUGCCUCCCAACGACAGGAGUAAGUUCGUCAGCGCCUACCUGGGCAGCAGCAUGGGCGCAGCGCUCACGUUCCUUGUUUCGGGCCUCCUGAUUGGCUGGCUGGGGUGGCCCGCCGUCUUCUACGCCAUCGCAUUGGCUGCGGCCGUGUGGUUCUUCGCCUGGUGGCUCCUCGUCUUCGACCACCCGCACAAGCAUCCCCGUAUCUCGACCUCUGAGCUAGCAAACCUCCACGCCAGUUUGGGAGAAGAUACUGCUGUCAACAAGCCAGCUACGCCUUGGAAGCACAUCCUGACCUCACCACAAGUGUGGCUGAUCGUCUUCACGCAGUGGGGAGGCUUCUGGGGGCUGUUCACGGUGCUGACGCAGGCGCCCACCUACAUGAGGAACAUCCACGGCUGGGGUAUCGGCAUGAUCGGUCUUCUGACAGGGCUGCCACACGUCUGCAGGACGCUGUGCUCGCUGGUCGUGUCCUCUGUUGGCGACUGCCUGCUCAAGAGGGGCCUCUUAUCCAGGACUAAGCUCAGGAAGUCUGCCACCGUUAUAUACCUGCUGGGGCAGGGGGCGCUGCUGGUGGGCGUGGCUUGCUCCGGCUGCAGUGGCGUGGCCGCCGCCGCCUGCAUCACGGCCGCCGUCGCCGUCAGCGGCGCCAUCUCCACGGGGCCCCUGGCCGCCAUGAUAGACCUCAGCCCCAGCUACUGCGGAAUCCUGCUGGCUCUCACGAACAUGAUAUGUGUGACACCGGGUUUCAUCUCGCCAAUCAUGGUGGGCCAUCUUACAUACCAGGCUCAAACGCCGGCGCAGUGGCGGGUGGUGUUCCUGGUGGUGGCGGCGCUGGUGUCGUUCUCCGGUCUCAUGUAUGUGCUCUUCUCAACGGCGCAGCGGCAGCCCUGGGACCCACCCUGUGGGCAGCCAGGCGCAGGUGCAGGGGAAGGCGCCACAGCCGAGAGACAGCCCCUCCACGAGGACAACGCCCACAAGGGUUGCACCUAGGUUGCCGCUUACUGUCAGGAAACACCCCUACAUACCACUGUACUCUCUACGUGCGUUUCAUAAUAGGGGACCUUCCAUAGUCAGUACAUGUAAUCUUGGUAGUCUUUAAGAAGACAACAUCUGUGUCUAACAUUUUGGUUUACUGUUUAAAUCCACCGGUACACACUUCCAAUCAAUUACAUCCAGCCUAUUGCAGUCUUCCUAACUAGCUAUUCAUCCUAUAUGACAAUCAAUGACACUGUUCCUUAACUAUCCAUAAAACUGCAGAUGUGCUCCAAGGAUCCGUCCUGUCACCGCUCCUUUAUCUCUUAUACUCAGUCAACGACCCAAAAGAACUCGCUCUUGUGUACAUGCUUCGAUAUCCUGUAGACACCGCCCUCUCCGCAGCUCAUCCUACCUUUCAUUCACCUCAAUGGACGCUCCAACUCCAUCCCAACAACUUCACCUCGUGAAAUAACCGGUGAUACCUUUCCAUCAAUUUUGCAAAACCCUAGGCAAUAAUUAUAGGAAAAAUCACCCAUUAGUCUCACAGUUCAUAUCACCACUGCCUGACCCGACAAACCAGAAUAGUAAAAUUUCUUGAACAAACAUUCAUUCAAAAACUAACCUGGACCCAUGAAAUACUAAAAAUCCCAAAGGAAGCCCACAAUAGGUUAUAACUACUGAAACUAGUAAUUAGGUUGACCUGGAUACUAAACUCCAUGACCAUAAUGUAUCUUGGACUUCUGUUUCUGCCAAUUUUAUUACUUGCACGAAAUCCUGGAAUGACAUGCGCUUCAUGUUGCUUGGUGGACCUGACUACCUUCUCCCACUUCUAUGCUGUACCAGCUCACCAAAUACUCACACCCCCUCAAACACUAAGAACACCUUCGGCUCUCCUAAAUCUUCCACAAAAGUCCCAGUACGCCAUAGUGUCCCCUAUCCCUGAGGACACUAGCCUCCUGCCGCAUGUCUGUCAUCGCAUUUCACCAUCCCUUCAUUACCAAACAUUCCAUAUUUUUUCUCAACAUAAUUUCUGUCAGUUUCCUCUCCCAAGCCUUAACUCAUCUCUUCAAUAAACCCUUUCUUCCAACUAUAACCUAUCCUUCCUAUCCCAAAAAGGCUACAUCUCUCCCUUUUCUUGCGCUGCUAGUGUCCCAUUCGUAUCAUAAUACCUACAUCCAACCAAUCAGUUCCUUACCAUACACAAAUCCAACAUCCUUUUUAAUGUAAUACGCACUCCAAUACUUCCCACAUCUCAGUCCUCACCCGUACUUACCAGAAAACCCCACCAUACCACACUCACAAAGCAGAAAAUUCACAUCAUAUCACCAUAAUCUUCUCAUAAAUCACAGCUAUUUUACCUUCUUCAGUCUUUUGAAGUUGUAAAUUUAUAAAGCAACUGCCUGGCUCCCUAGUUGGGGAAAUUCAAAUAACUGAUAAAUAAACCACUUAUCAUUCCCAAUACAAAUCCUUUACACAACUUGUAAAAUUGUCUUACAUUUCCUAUAGACUUGAUACAAACCAUCUUAUUUCCUAUUGAUCUUCAAUCCAGUAUUCCAAUGCAUCUGCACCAAUGUUGUUGUGGUCAUCAGUCUGAAGUUACAAACAGUCUCCACACUAGUUCAUCCCACAAAAGUCUCUUUCUCUCUGCCCCUACAUCCAUCUGAACCUGUAUACUCUUUUCAUGCCUUGGUCUCACACUACAGUUUUUAACCUUCCUUCUCUCACUUCCCCUGACUCCAACAAAAAUCUUUUCACUCUGAUUCAGUUCAGUAUCUCUUUAUUCUAGUUACCCAUCUAAUCUUAAGCAUUCGUUUGUACUUAAACAUUUCAGAACGUAUUCUUGUGGUGUUGUAUGGUUUAUUGUGCAUGUUUCACAUCUGUAUUAGGCUAGACCAAAAGAACAAAUACUUUGAGAGAAGACUUAACACUUUAAUUAAUGUUCGAUUUUAACGUAUUUCUCUUUUUCAAAAAUUGUUUCCUUGCUAUUUCCAGUCUGCAUUUUAUUCAAUCUUUACUGCCUAUUGUUUUCACUGUCUUGCUUCCCAGUCCAGUUCUCUCAGCAUUACAUGAUUUAAUUCGACUGCAUUUCAUUACCCUUGUCUUAUUGUUAUCAAUGUUUAGCUUAUAACAUCCUUUUGAGGCGCUAUCCAAACCUUUUUCUGUAACUAGCAGAAUUAGAAUGCCCUCAGCAAACAUUAAAGCUUUUUCUCUGAAAUUAAGUUCACUUAUCGCAUUUCUUAUUUGAUUCAUUUACUGUUAACUCAGUGUGCAGAUUGAGUAAAGUGCAGAACAUACUACAUGCAUGUCUCACUCAAUUCUCAACUUUUGCCUUUCAUGUCCUCCUACACUUUGAACUAUAGUGAAGCUUCUGUUCUGCAGAAGUUGUAGUUAACCUGUCACACACUGUAUUUUAUCUGUUAUAAUGAAAAAUUUGUUAAGAGUGUAAUCAUCUAACUUUGUGAAAAGCAUUUCGUUAAUUUGCAAAUGCUAAAAAUUUUGAUUUGGUGAAUCAUACAUACUUCAAAUGCAAAAAUUUUGAAACUUUUCACAUUAUAAAGCAAGUGGCCAUAGACAGUUUUUUUUAACAACUGGCCGAAUAGUGUCGAUAAAAUGUGCUACUGAGAAUUCAAUCCCAUUUCAGCUAAUCUAGAGAGGAGAGAUGACAAUAUAAGAAGUUAAUGUCCACACUGUCUUACUUCUUGAAUAGUGGAAACAUUGAGUUCCUUAUUAAG